GUCAGCUGAUUGUCUCCAGACAGACAGAACAUGGCCGACCUGUCAGAAGCCCAAUGAGGAAACGGUCGAGUUUAGCAUAAUCGAUUCUCUUUUCACGUCGUUUGGUUUGGGCUCAUAUUUUACUAUCGUGGACAACAUUUGCCAACAGUAACUAAGAUGAGCGGGUUGCCAGAUGGCAUGGCGAAUGUCCCCAGCCAGAGCAACCACGCCGGGGAGGAUGGCCAGGUGUGGGAGAGACCCUGGACCCUGGAAGAAAUGCGACAGACCAGCGCCAACUGGUCCCUGGCUGCAGACUCAGGGCUCUUCCUGUUCCUGCAAGACUUCUCCCAGAGAAUGCUGUCAAAGACUCAUGAGAUAGAGAAGCAGCUGGAUGGACUGAUCAGGGACACGAAGGCUACAGACUGUUGCCUGCAUACAGUCUUCAACGACUUCCUCAUGCUCUCCAACACACAGUUCAUUGAAAACAGAGUAUAUGACGAGGAGGUGGAGGAGCCAGUGCCAAAGGCUGAGACCUUGGAGAGACAACCUGAACUGGAGAAGACUCGUGAGCAGAAGGAAGCUGAGCUUAUCCCUAAGGUCCAGGAAGCAGUGAACUUCGGUCUGAGGGUGCUAGACUCUGCCUUUGAACAAUUGGACAUCAAAGCUGGAAACUCUGACUCGGAGGACGAGGAGGCCACAGACAGAGUGGAGCCAAUACUAGAGCCCAAGGACCUGUAUGUGGACAGGCCUUUACCGUAUCUUAUUGGCUCUCAACUUUUUAUGGAGCAAGACGACAUAGGACUGGGAGACCUUUCCAGUGAAGAAAUAUCAAUCGACAGCGAUCGGGACAGUGUUAUCGACAGCGAAGAUGGCAAAGAUGCUGAUCAGUCAGAUGAAGACUUUGACCAGGACGAGGAGAGGCCAAGCAGCAUUAAGAAGAAGUCGUCCAUGUUGAGUGAUGACGACGAGGGGGAAGAAUCAGACAUAUUCGGAGAAUCGGACAAAGAUGAUGAUGAUGACGACGAUGAUGAGUGCAUAACGAACACAGGACCAUCAUCCUUUGCUGAUGAGCUGGCCGCCAGAAUCAAAGGGGAACCUAUCAGCAAGCCGGAGGGAGAUCGCACAUCAUUAUCGUCUGCCUCUAAGAAGAAGAGUAAAACAAAGAAAGAGCCCAAGACUGAAAGGCCACAGGCUAUUGAAGAUGAGAGUGAGGAGUUGUUUGGGCCGCCGAAGAUGGAGGACGAAGACUUCUCUCCGUUCGGAGGGAAAGGAGGCCUCUUCAGUGGAGGAAGAGGACUGUUUGAUGACGACGAUGAAGGGGAUCUGUUCUCUGAUGCACCGAAACCGCCUGUAGCAGAGGAGAAGACCAGGAACACAGCUCACGCCACAGAACCUGUCAAGUCUGCUAAGAAGAUUCCUUCAUUGGCUGUGUCAAUAUUCCCAGAGAACAGCCUGUUUGGCAUUCCCAAUAACUCUGAUUCAGUGAAGGGCAGAGAGAACGGCAGUCAAGCCAAAUCCAACAAGACCCAGACAUCAGCCCCUAGAAAGACCUCUUUAGGGGGAGGGGGAGGGGGGCUGUUCGAUGAUGAUGAAGAGGAUGACUUCUUCACUGGCAAAAGCCUUAAGAAGUCCAGCUCAGCUGAACAGAAGAAAUCCAAGCAAGAGAAGACGGUGGAUCUGUUUGGAGGAGAUGAUGAGGAUGGUGACAUCUUUGGUGAGAGCUCUGUCGCCCCACCCACUCUACAGAGCAGGAAGGAGGUGGUGGAGGAGGAAGAAGAGGUGAAACAGGCUCCUCAGAAAAAGAUGCCAGCAGGAGGCGUCUCCAUGUUUGGUCCUGGUACCAAGAGCCUACUAACUGAGGCACUGAAGAAACGACAGCCCUCCUCCACCAGCGAAGAGUCAGAGGAGAACGUCCCUCCUCCAGACGUGGUGAAAACCCCGACUAAGCAGACAGAAAAAACCCAGGCGAAGAGUCUGUUCUCUGACGAUGAGGACUCACAGAUAUUUCAAACCAUCCCUAAGAGUCAGUCUAAACCUGAACACACAACCCAGAGCAAAGCUCCUCUGUCCAUCUUCGAUGACGAGGAGGAAGAAGAUCUGUUUGCGUCUGCGAAGAAGUCUAAACCAAGCCAAGCUAAAGCUGUCACUCCAAAAGUCAAGAAACCUGUCUCUAGCUCCAUCUUCAGUGAUGAUGAGGACCAGUGGAUGAGCUCCAAGCCUAGUGCUGGUAAGACAGAGGGUAAGACUGGAGGGAUGAAGUCCAGUACUAGUGCCCCAUCUAGUCUACCCAGUGUCAAAGCAGUUCCUAAAGACAUCCUGUUUGAUGAGGAUGAUGAUGAUCUCUUUGCUGCUACCAAGGAGUCGAGUCAGAAGAAGCACCAGAGAGUGUCUCUCCUGUUUGAAGAUGAGGAUGAUGAAGAUAAGGGAUCCCUCUUCGGCUUCAAAUCAAACGUCACCAACAGCUCUACUGACCCUAAAGCAUCUGUUGUAGCCUCCCCAGCCCCCUCGCUGCUCCAGAUAGACAAACCAGAUGUGACUGCACCACUUCCUCCCCUAGUGGAGGAGAAACCUACAGAGGAGGAGAGGGUAGCGAAAUACAAGAGUCCUGAGGUGCCAUCCCUGUCUUCUCCACUAGAGGGCAGUGAGAGUAAGAAGAAGCCAGUAGGGGCCGUCAGUCUGUUUGGAGGGAUCAACGUGCUGGGAGACAGACUGGCAGCAGCCAAGCAGACUAAGAGCCCAUUGGGCGACCCGGAUGUUGAUGACUACCUGUCUGAGGGCCCGCCCCCCUUGGAGAAGGAGGCCAAAACUAAGAAGAACACCCUCAGUCUGUUUGAUGAUGUGGAAGAGGAGGGUGCUGACUGGACUGCCCCUAUCUCCAUACCCACCAAACCAGUUGCCAAAAACACACUAAAGCCUGCGGAGGAGCGUCCUCGUACCAAGAGUAGUACCGGGGUGUUCCAGGAUGAGGAACUGCUCUUCAGUCAGACUCAGCAGAGAGACAACGACCCUGAAGUUGACAUCUUCGCCACACCUGACAAGUCUAUGAGCUCCAGGCCAAGCUCAGUGAAGUCGGCAGCUCCAACACUGUUUGGUGAUGAUGAAGAUGACCUCUUCAGCUCUGUCAAGCCCAAAGCUCCUCCUCCGAAGGUAUCAGAGAAGCCCAGUAAACCCACUAAAGACGAGCCAUCCUCAAAACCUGCUGUCACAGCACCAGUCACAGAGAGUGAGAAGCUGACACCAAGCCCUGUAAAAUCUAAAGAGCCUUCACGGAUUGGAAAACUCCAAGCCAACCUGGUGAUCAACCCUGCUGCCCUCCUGCCCGACGCGUUCUCUCGGAUCCCAGGGGGGGUCAGUGUACUCCCAGGCUUGAGCCGCAGCCCCAGCUCCUCAGGCCCCAGUGCUAGCCUCAGUUCGGCAGGGACCAAGCCCCCCAGCAACAGAGGGGUUAGCUUCGAGAACCCGGUCCAGGUGUCCACGCUACAGAGUGCGAACAAGGGUCGAGCUAAAGGCUCCAUCCGCCGCAGGCCCCAGACCAGGGCAGCACGGCAGACUUCAGCUCAGAGAUCUGUGGAGCAGAGAGACGAGAACCAGGGAGAGGACCAGGCCGGACCCAGCCCAACCUUGCCUAGCCCAGCACUAUCUAACCCAACCCAGCCUAGCCCGGGACUACCUAACCUAUCUCUGCCUAGGUCUAGUCUACCUAACCAAGCCCCAACCUCUACCUUACCCUCCUCCUUAUCUGCUUCCUUACCCUCCAAACACCUGCUCACAGAUUUCUCUGUCAGACCGUCAGUGCUAACACUACCAGUGUCAAACACCCCUCUAAAGAAAGACUCUUCUAAGGAUAGCAAGGUGAAGGUGCUGCCUUCUCUUGACGAGGAUGACCUGUUUAGGUCCGACAGCCUCUUUGGGUCUGCCCCUGCCCCAGGUCCCAACCCCACCAUCCCCUCACCCAUACUCACCACUCCAUCCCCCAAUCCCACACUCACCACUCCAUCCCCCAAUCCCACAACAAAGACUACAGAGGGUAACGUGACGUCAAAGAAUGAGAAGGAGAAAGUGACGACUACGCAGUCCCUCUUUGACGACCCCAUGGGUGACCUGUUCAAGAAGGUGAAGCCGAGGUCAGCUAAGAAGGCCAAGGCAUCUUCCUUCCUGGAGGAUGAGGAGGAGGAUGAAGAGGAUAUCUUCGGGCUGGGAAAGAGCUCCACUCCCACUACUGCUGGUGAUAAAGUCUCUAAGGCUGGGAGCAACUCUACUCCCAAGCAGGACAUCUUCCAGCAUGCUGGGUCAGCACAUCUGUUGAUCCAACAGUCACGAUCUCUGCAACAGGAGGAUGAAGCAACGGCUCCACCCAAAAAGCACAAAGAGAAAUCCUUGGAUGCCAGUCUGUUUGAUGACAACGUUGACAUCUUUGCUGAUAUGACGUCCACUUCAAAACCAAAAGAGAAGAAGUCCAAGAAGGUGGAGGCCAAAUCAAUAUUUGAUGAUGAUAUGGAUGACAUCUUCUCUCCCAGCACUGUGAAGCCGGUGCCCAAGCAGCCUCCAUCCAAGUCCAAGAAGAACCCUCCCUCCCAGGACACCAGUGCAGCGGAUGACUCAGGCAACAUCUUUGACGACCCUCUCAACGUUCUGGGUGGGAACUAAAUCGUGGACCGUUCCUGAAGAGCUAAAACUUUGGGUGCAUCCCAAAUGGCACCUUAUUCCCUAGAUAGUUCAGUGCACUAUGUGGGGUAUCAGUUGCCAUUUGGUGUCCUAAUUGUACAAUUGUGCUUAAUACCAUGUUGUUUUGGAGGACUGAAAAAAGGGUUGGAGAUAUUAAAACUGUUCAUAUAGAGACUAUUUAUAUAAAAACUAUUGAUUGAUCGACUAGCUCAGACGGAAAUUAAAACACAGCAAGAAAUGUUGAAGGUGAUGUUUCUGAUAUACACUUCACAUCUUCAUCUAUGAUUGAUAACAGACAAAAUAACAGUUAUUAAUUGCUAUUUGUCUUUAUUUAAUAUCCAUGAUAGCAGCACUUUAUAAGCAUAUUCUUAGCUGUCAUUAGACCAGCUGAUAAUCAAUAAAUAGUAAAUGAUUUAUAAAUAUAGUUGGAGAGCUCUGUGUUUAAGUUUUGGGCCGUGCCAUAUCAUAGUUAUGAAGUCAUUGUUAACCGACAAGCAAAUGUUUUUGUUUUUCAAUUAAUAUGAAAUUGUUAAAUUUGUCAACUUUGCCUGUGAUGAAUGACAUUUCAGUUUUUUAAACUAAAAUUAUGAUAUUUUAUGAAAUUUGAAA